UAUGAAACCGUCGCUGGUUGAGCGACAGACUCCUUCCAUUCCUCCGGGUUCGGCUCUCUUUUUCGGGAGGAUGCGGGUGAUUUUGCUGCUGCUUUCAUGCCAUGUUGCAUCUCCAGUGAUACACUCCCUGAAGCAUGUCUACACCGCAUCGUCUGAGGUCGCAAACUUCCCCGACUUUGUGGCCGUUGUGUUUGUUGAUGGAGUUCAGACAGAUUACUAUGACAGCAUCACCAAGACAACGGUACCUAUACAGGCCUGGAUGGACCGAGUCACAGCAGAUGAUCCAGAGUACUGGAAGAGGCAAACUUCGUACUGGGAAGGUCAAGAGCAGAUAGGAAGAGUCAACAUCGAGAUUUUAAAGACGCGCUUUAACCAGACUGAAGGCAUCCAUGUAAUCCAGGUGUUGAAUGGCUGUGAAUGGGACGAUGAAACUGGACAAGUUAACGGUUUCGGUCUAAAUAGUUAUCAAGGAGAAGACAUUUUAAUAUUGGAUAUGAAGGCACAGAGAUGGAUCGCUACAAAACCACAGCUUAUUAGAACCCAACAUAAGUGGAAUAAUGACAAAAGCUGGUUAGAAUUCAUGGAGCACCGUUUGACCCAGGAGUGUCCGGUGAGGCUGCAGAACAGUUUGAACUACGGGAAGAGCACUCUGCUGAGAACAGAGCUUCCCUCUGUGUCCCUCCUCCGGAAGACGCCCUCGUCUCCGGUGAGCUGCCAUGCCACGGGUUUCUACCCUGACCGAGCCGUGAUCUUCUGGAGCAGACAUGGGGAGGAGCUUCAUCAGCAUGUUGACCACGGUGAGCUUCUCCACAACCCCGACGGGACCUUCCAGAUGAGUGUGGAGCUGGACGUUUCGCUGGUCACACCCGAAGACUGGUGGAUGUACGAGUGUGUUUUUCAGCUCUCCGGUGUUGAGAAUGACAUCAUCACCAAGCUGGACCCAGCAUUGAUCAAAACUAACUGGAUUGAGAAGUCCAGUGACCUGACACUAGUCAUCAUCAUAUCGGCAGUUUUGGCAGUGGCUAUCGUCUUCACUGUGGGCACUGGUGUCACAGUUUACAAAAGGAGAAAAGCCAAGCUCCCUUCAGAUUCUCCUGACAACCUUCAGCUCUCUGAGAAGCUGAAACCAGAAACCUGAUUCCACACUGACGUCUGUGUACUCGGGAGAAGCUCUGCAUUACAUCUGGGUUUAUCACAGACAGAAGUGAAGCAGCGUCUCUCACUGAAUGUCAGUGACACACACUUUAAACACAUGGGACAACUUUGAUACGAGCAGGACAGAUGACUGCAAAACACAUGUUAGGUGUUGUCAAAGUUAGAUUUUUCUUUUGGAGGGAAAACAGUGUCUUAUAUUUUUUAAUGAGGUUCAAACAUCCAAGUAAAAGUGUCAAAUGUGAAAAUGAUGAUGGAACAAAAUGGGGCUUUUGUGAUGGAAGAAAUGUUUUACACAAAUAGAUCAAAGUGUUUACAAGAAGAACAACUUAUUUAGACUAAAGAGCCGUUAGCACAAAGUCUUUUUGUCCACAACAGCUGCUGUUAAUCUGAAGAGACGUUAUGAUUUCACAGAUAUGCUAACACAUUUACAGUUGCUUGUGUUUAUUUUAUGUUUCCAGUUAUAUAAAUAUUGUGCUCAUAUAUUUCUAUAUUAAACAAUUAACUACAUUUUUACCAAACUUAAGCUAUGUAUAAGUACAGUAUUUUAUGUUUUAAUACUAAAUAAAAAAUAUAUUAAACAUUUUUAUUUAACUCUUA